AUGUCGGAUCCGGCGACCGCCACUGAAGCAACAUCUUCGCCACGGGAAGCACACAGAGGCCGAGGCAGUCGGUCAAAUCAACACAACCGCGCUGGAUCCUACGAUCGAGACUUGCCUGACAAUCGAAGCAGAGGCGCUGGAAAUAGAGGGACACAAGGCUCAAGAGGGGGGAGAGCGAGAGCUACGAGACAUGGGAGAGACGCCACGUCUUCAACACCAUUGUCUCCGCAAUCUGCAGCAGAAACCACCUCUGCACGACCACCCGGGGGCGGCUUCGGUGCCCGCCUGACCGGAGCUGCCUCAAAAUCUGAAGGCGACCCAAGUGGUCCUCAACCUCGGGAGAAUGGCAACGAGCCUGCACCUGCAGAAGAAGUGGAAUUGUGCUUCAUCUGUGCCAGUCCCAUCGAGCACGUUUCCAUUGCACCUUGCAAUCAUCAAAACUGCCAUAUUUGCUCCUUGAGGCUGAGGGCGCUUUAUAAGACACGGGCUUGUGCACACUGCAGGACGGAAACACCUUUCGUGAUCUUUACCGACAAUGCAGAGAAACGGUACGAAGACUUCAAGGACGAUGAAUUUGUUAAGAUCGACGAGAGCCUGGGAAUCAAGUACGAAAAAGACAUCAUCUUAGAAGAUACCAUCCUCCUACUUCGAUACAACUGUCCAGACAAAGAUUGUGAUGUGGCAUGUCUAGGUUGGCCAGAUCUACACCGUCAUGUCAAAACCAGGCAUGGGAAAGUGAUGUGCGACCUAUGCACGAGAAACAAGAAGGUCUUCACACAUGAACAUGACUUAUUCACAUUUGGCGAGUUACGGAAGCACGAGAAAUUUGGCGACGACAACCCAGGGGCGGUCGACCAGUCCGGCUUCAAAGGUCAUCCUGAAUGUGGCUUUUGCAAACAAAGAUUUUAUGGAGACGAUGAGCUCUAUGCUCACUGUCGAGACAAACAUGAGAGAUGUCAUAUUUGCGAUAGACAAAACGACGGCAGGAAUCCACAGUACUACCUCAACUAUCAGGAACUAGAGAAACAUUUCGCGGCGGAGCAUUUUGUCUGCUUGGACGUCGAAUGCCAAGCAAACAAGACGAAUGUCUUCGAAUCAGAAAUGGAUCUCAAAGCGCAUCAGCUUUCCGAGCAUCCGAAUGGACUCUCCAAAGAUGCCCGAAGAGAUGCUCGUCUUGUCGACUUGUCCGGUUUUGCUAUUCGAGAGCCCUACCAACCGCCUCGGAGAGGAGAUCGAGCAAACCGGGGCACUGGAAGGGGCCGAGAUCCAAACGCUGAACCGUUGCCCAUUUCAAGUGCCCAAUCCCUUGGACGGGCAGAACUGGCUUAUCAACGUCAACUUGCAAUCCAAAGUUCUCAAUCAGUGUCGAGCAGGAAUUUUGGCGGACAAUUAACCCAAUCCACCCCUGUCGCUCGUCUUCAGCCCUCGUCUCCGCAACCACCUUCAUCAUUACCCACUAUUGAAAGCCUCACGGUUGAAGACAGAGCCACCCCAGCUGCAGGCAUGACUCCUCAAGAGCAAGCCCGAGCACUACGCCACCAAGCGGUUACUGAUCGCGCCACGUUGCUCCUAAAGAACGACAAGACUAAACUUUCCCAGUUUCGCACCCAUGUCUCCGCUUACCGCAGCGGAACUAGCUCUGCAAAUGACUUGAUUGAUUCCUUCUUUUCUCUUUUCGACUGUCAGAGUUCUGAACUGGGCAAGCUCGUCCGUGAACUGGCAGACCUGUACGAAGAUGAGACGAAGCAGCAGGCAUUGCUGCAGGCGUGGAACAACUGGCGCAGUAUUAACGAGGAUUAUCCCAGCCUCCCUGGUCCCAGUGGCACCCUCCCAGGUGUUUCCACUGGUCCAGCACGUUCUGGCCGGCGGGUGUUGACGCUCAAGAAGAGCACGGCGCAGUCAUCUCGCUCAGCGGUGUCCAGACAGGGCUCCUGGGGCAACGCAAUUGCCAGUGGAACAAGUCAAGAACCAUUUCCUGCAUUGUCAGUUGGGAAUAAGAGUUCUUCGCGCCCAUUUACAAACGUAGCAAUCUCGCCUGCGUGGGGCAAAACAUCCGCGCCCACGAUCACCAAUACUACUCUCAGCGCCAUACGCCCUGCGCCCACGACUGCAUCCACUAUACGCCAGAAAACUAACUCCCGUAACACUGCUCCCCCUCGCCGGACAGAAGACGCCUUCCCCUCGUUGCCAGCUGCGCCGAAGCCAAAUACCAUGAUGACUGGCUUCAACACGCGGGGCUCAGUGAAAUGGCUCAGCUCACCUUCCGGCUCGGGGACCGCUACGCCGGUAAAUCCAUGGGGAAACGGGGGGCUGGCGCCCACACCGGCGCAGGCACAGACAACUGGGGCUGCCAGUGCGAGUCGCGCGGGAGGAGCUGGUGACAACCCUGAUGAUGGUGAGGUGAUUUCAGCAGGGAGAAGGAAAGGGAAGAAAGGAAAGAAGGGAGAGACAUUGUUCCACUUUGGGUAG